AUGUUAUUCUUAGCUCUUAAAUUAGUUGCCGCAACCACCGCCGCCGCCGCCCCAACCUCUAUCCCUUCAUUACCCCUUGGCUCGUCUGCCGCCGCUCGCUCUCCACCCGCGCGCUGGCCCUCCCCUCGGCGGCAGACAUCUCCGCCCUCAACGCCCCCGCGGCCCUCGACGUCCCUGCGGCCCUCGCCGUGGCCUCCGUGGCCGCUCCUGCCGCCGCUGCGCUCUUGCCCCUGCUUCCCCUCCUGUUCUUUCUCGUCGUCGUCCUUCUCUUUGCUCUCCUCCUCUGCCGAUUACGCGAGAUCCUCGGGAGCAUUGGGGAUCGGGGCGGUAGGGAGGGUUUCGUGCCUCAUCGAGAGCGAGCCCGCCUUCAAGCGCUCCAGAUCCAUCGGAUUCCAGCUCCCGCGCUCCAGAUCGAUCGUCGUCACCUCCGGUCAUGGCAUCAGCGGAGGAGGAGAGGGGGAGGCGAAGAGGCGGGGAUGGGCGGCGCUGUGGCUGUUCUCGAGGUCGGCGGCAGCAGCGGCUGCGGCGGAGGCGGAGGGGGUGAAGUUGUCGAGAUGGAGAUCAGGUUUCGGAGGUGGAGGAGAGGGGAAAGGCAAGGGGCGGCAUUGGCACUUUCUGAGCCCAAUGAAAGCUUUUGGGUUAAGGUAGAGAGAACGGAAGAGAGA